CAGCUCCCCCCUUCUCGUCUCUCCCCCUCCGCCCCGCAAUCUCUCGACACCAACAAAGACGCUGCAAGGAAACCUUGCGUACGUUUUCCGUCGCCAUAGACCUUGCUCGAUCCCUGCUUACAUACAUUCCUACAUAUCUAUCUACCUACUCCCUGGUGCUGGGCCUUUUACCCGUGCAUCCACCCGUUGCCAUUGUAUCCGACAGCUACCUGAUUGCUCUGCUUCUUCUCUGACACCGGAACCUCCUAACCUUUCCCCAACGCCCAAUCCUCUCUCUCUUCUCUUCCUCUCCCUUCUCUCUACAGCCUCAUCUCUUUUUUUAUUUUUUCCCAUCUCGGACGCUUCCGUCAUAGAGCCUAUUUUACUACUUAGAAGCCCGUCCCACCUCGUCAGUCUCCAUCUCACGGCGUUGCCUACCCCGCGCCAACACAAACCCCCUCUCCCUCCUUCCCGAAACAUCGCCCGACCUAACCUCCUCAAAACAGUCUUCCCGUCAGCAUAACAACCACCACUAGAGCAGCAAAUAUGGUCGACCGGCCCAACAAACCCACCGCCCUGGCCACCACGCCCGGUCUUCCUCCCCAGGCCACCGUCUCUAUAACCCACGCAAACUCGCGAGUCUCCGCGACCUUGCCCACCGGCGAGUCCGUCGAGGUCCUCCUCCACGGCGCCACCGUCCUCUCCUGGAGGUCUGCCGACGGCGCCGACCGCCUCUGGCUCUCCUCCUCUUCCGCCCUCGACGGCUCCCGCCCCGUCCGCGGCGGUAUCCCCCUCGUCUUCCCCGUCUUCGGCCCCCCCUCCGACGCCCACCCGCCCACAGCCUCCCUCGCUCAACACGGCUUCGCCCGCAGCUCCCGCUGGGAGUUCCUCGGCAAGUCCACCAGUGAAGGCCCCGCCGGCUCCGAGUCCUCCGUCAAGCUCGACUUUGGCCUGUCGUCGGCCAACCUCGACCAGGACACCCAGGUCAAGUGGGGGUACAAGUUCGGCGCCAUCUACAGCGUCUCGCUCGACCGCGACACCUUGUCCACCGCCUUGGUCAUUACCAACGAGGGCGACGAGGCCUUUGAUUGCCAGGUCCUGCUACACACCUACCUGCGCGUGAACGACAUCACAAAAGUCACAGUCCAGGGCCUCGACGCCGCUCCCUACACCGACAAGGUUGACGCAGGCGCCGCCAAAACGCAAUCCGGCGACGUCGCCAUCACCGCCGAGACGGACCGCAUCUACACGCCCACCGCCGGCCCCAAGGCCCCUGUCGUCGUCCUCGAGGACGGCCGGCCCAUCUACUCGGUCGUCCGCGAUAAUCUCGACAAUGUUGUCGUCUGGAACCCCUGGGCCGACAAGGCCGCCUCCAUCGCCGACUUCUCCCCGGACGACGGCUACAAAAACAUGCUCUGCGUCGAGCCCGGUGCCGUCAAGGGUUGGCAGAAGGUCGAGCCCGGUGACGCCUUUGAGGGCGCCCAGGUCAUCACGGCAAAGUGAGGUGGCCGUGGUUUGCAACUAGGGUGCUGUGUUGCUGUCUGAUGAGAGUUCUACGUGGAUGUUGUAGCCAAUGUAACCAGACGCGUGGCCCAUGGUCGAGAGAGGAGGCCGAAAACCGAAAAUCAUGUCUGAGAAAGUCCCAGGAGGUGAAAACCAUCACCGAUCGAAUCUCUCGGGUCAGCUAGAACAAGGGAUGUUUAGACGGUCGGAACAUGUGGAGGGACCCCCAAAGUUUUCAACGUAAACAAGCAGGCGCGCGCGCAAGGGAAAGCAGGCCCGGGAGUUACCCCCUUAUUGAAUACAAAUCACGAUGAAAUGGCAAUCGCGACACACCUCUUUAUGAACAUAACAGUAAGAGUUGGUCAUAAGGUGGACCGGGGGGGAGGGGGGCCAUAAUGAAAAAGGGUCAUAAUGAUUCUUCUUUCUUCUUUGGUCAUUAUCCUGGACGGCGAUGGACCUUCAGAUCUGCUCGCGACAAUCCAAUACAUGAUGACAGGGGUGAGACUCUGGUGUCUUUUACCUAUCCAUCCAUGCUAUACAAACACGGUUUCAUACGUGAUUUUCCUGAACCCCGGCUUUCCUCUCUCUCUCUCUCGUACAACAACAAAAAAUGCCAUGAUUGAUUCCCUCUCUCCUCGUCUCAGUCAGUCUGUCGUCCACCUCAUAAACAAAGAUCUGCGCCAAUGAUGUAACGAGGUCCCAUAAAACCCGUUGUCGUA